AUGGGAACAAGACACAUACCAAGUGAUAAGAUCAAUUUGAAGCUAAUCCUGGUCAGUGGUAAGACACACGAGUUUCUGUUCUCACCCUCAGAUUCCGCAGCAGACAUUGCUGAGCAUGUCUACACACACUGGCCAGAAGAUUGGUCAGAAGAACCACUACCACCCACCAACAUAUUGCGGCUUAUUUAUCAAGGCAGGUUCUUGCACGGAAAUGUCACGUUGACAGCUCUACAACUACCAACAGGAAAAACCACUGUGAUGCACCUUGUAGCCAGGGAAAACUUGCCUGAGCCGAACAAUCAAGGUCAACUGAAGAAAGACAAGAGCGGGGACUCUAGUUGUAGUAACUGUUGUGUCAUACUCUAG